AUGCCAGAAGGCUUGCCGACUCCACCAUCCGAAAAAUCAGGAUUUCGCAGGGGAAGCGGAGGAGCUGGCGGCGUUGGUGGGGCAGUCGCAGCGGUGGCACCCGGCUCUGGCCAUGGCGGUGCAGCCGGAGGAUUCGAGGAUAUCUACAACAUCACCGGAGCAGCCAGCAACAACGGCGAGCGAGAAUAUCUCAACUCUCCAGACGAGGUACUGUAUAUGCAAGUAUUUGUCGACGAGGUAGGCGUGUGGAUGGACUCGCUAGACCGGGACAAGCACUUCAGCCGGAUCAUCCCCUUUGUGGCACUCAAGUCACCAAUGAUGCUGAAUGCAUUUCUUGCUUGUGGUGUCAAGCAUCUCACGCUCGUGAAUGAGGCCUACAAGGACGACAAAGCUUUGUUUUACUAUGACACGGCAACAACACAACUCCUCCGAAGCCUGCAAAAUCCGGACCGCGACAUUGUCGAGUGUGCUACCACCGCCGUCGUGCUCAAUGUCUAUGAGAUCAUGAGCGAGAAGCCCAACGAACGAAUGAACCAUAUUGCUGGCGCCCGUGCACUUAUCCGUGAAUGCGGGUGGGAUGCUCGGAGCAAAGGCAUUGGUGCCGCAUGUUUCUGGCUCAAUAUUGGCAUGGAGGUGCUGAGCUGCCUUGCAUUUAAUUGGCCGACAGCAUGGGAUCCGGAUCAAUGGGGGCUCGAUACGUCAUUUGCAAACGAGCUCGGUGACAACAACAGCGAAGCGAACACAGGCCAGGAUCGUCGCAAGAGCCAAGAUCAAGGUGGUAAGAUGAUGCAAGAAGCGCAAGAGGAGAGCACUGCCAGCAGCCGAAAACCACACCAAGAUGCAGACACGGCCACAUCAAAAGAACUCACCACCACUGCCGCGUCGUUGUCUGCAAUGUCAACCAGCGGCGACGAAGAGACGUGGGUUCAUCGGAUAUUUUAUAUUGUGGCAAAAAUAGCCAACUUUCGUGCUGGUGUUGCCGUGUUUCCCCAAGAGCCCUCGCCCAUCGAUCACCAAGUCCAUAUGCAGAACCGAUUCGAGGAGUGGAAGCGGCUCAAGCGGCUGUGUGCCAUAUGGAACCGCGAUUGUCCUCGGUCGAUGCGGCCGUUCAGCUAUCUGUUCCCUUCGCAGAGUACGGCUCCAGCCUCCAUCUUCCCCAAUAUCUGGUCAAUCCAGACGAGCCAAAAGUUACCAUUGAAAACCAAGAGGCCCAGCGCCACCACGCCCACCAAGUAUGCGGCAUUGUAG